AUGCUUUUUUUUCUUUGCAAAGUGAAUUGUCGCGAAAUAAAAAUUGAUAACAAAAAAAGUGUGCGAAACUUGUCUCCGCCUCGCUUCUCUUCUUGACAGUUUUUUGCCUCGAAACUUGGAACAUUUCAUCGACUUUUUACUGGAUCAUUUCCUAUUCCUCUUACAACAAAAGUAUCGAUGGAGUCUGUGAAUAGUGAAGAACACAAAAUAAACGAGGCACCCGCGCCACCCGUCAUUGUCAUUAAUAGCUCCACGAAAGAAGAGCAGGAGGCAACACAAACCGACAGAAUAGAAGGGCAAAUGAAGAAAAUCGAUUCGGUCUUUGAUGAGCAGAAUGUAGCGUCAUUGGAAGGUGUCAAUUCAAAAAAUGAGAUUUCCGGAUCGGUAUCAAGUUCCAGUUUUGAGGAGCUGAACGCAGAGACUGAAGAUUUAUCAGAAAGAAGUGAAGUCGAAAAAGACGAAGAUCUAGGGAGAGUUGUUGAAGAACAUAAAGAACCGGCACAAGUUCCAGUAGAAUCGGAAACUCCGGAAACUUCUAAAAAAGAAAUCCACCAAGAAGAAGAAAUCUCUGAACUUGAGAAAGUUCCUGAAACAGUUGAAGAAGAAAUUGAAGUCGUCAAUACUUCCGUAGAAAUUACUGAAGUAAAGAAGGAAGUGAUCGAAGAAGUUAAGAUCUCAGGCCUCAAAGAAGAAGAAACUCCGGUUCCAAAAAUGAGAGCUCAGCAGCAAGUUCCAGUUGCUGCUGACAGGCCAAUCAGGCGGCUUUCGAUUGCAAGGGCAUCUAUGAUGACCCCAAAAGCAUCACCUAAACUUGCAAAGUAUAUGGAGCCGGUUAGAGAAGAAGGACAAAAGAAAAAGAAGACGAGAAGUAUGUUUUCGUGGCUUGGUGGUGAUUCGUCAAAAAAGAAGAACAAGGAAGUUUUGGAGACGGUUUCCGAAGGUCUCCGCAAGAUUUACAAGCAGAAACUCCUGCCUCUUGAAGAAUUCCACAAGUUUCACGACUUUCACAGCCCAGCUCUCGAUGAUCCGGAUUUCGAUGCCAAACCAAUGAUCCUGCUCGUCGGGCAAUAUUCGACCGGAAAAACGACUUUCAUCCGUUACCUCCUCGAGUCCGAUUUCCCAGGAAUCCGAAUCGGUCCAGAGCCAACCACCGACAGAUUCAUUGCUGUGAUGCAUGGUGAUGAAGAAGGAAGCAUUCCUGGAAAUGCUCUUGUUGUUGACGCAAAGAAGCAGUUCCGUGCUCUGUCAGGAUUCGGAAACGCAUUUUUGAAUCGAUUCCAGUGCUCGACUCUUCCAAAUCAAGUUCUCGAAAGUGUAACGAUCGUUGAUACACCUGGAAUCUUAUCCGGAGAAAAGCAAAGAAUCGAUCGCGGAUAUGAUUUCACUGGAGUUUUAGAGUGGUUCGCUGAACGUGUCGAUCGUAUCAUUCUUCUUUUCGAUGCUCACAAGCUUGACAUUUCCGAUGAGUUCAAGAGAUGUAUUGAAGCAUUGGCUGGAAACGAGGAUAAAAUACGAAUUGUUCUCAACAAGUCAGACAUGGUUGAUCAUCAACAGUUGAUGAGAGUCUACGGAGCUCUGAUGUGGUCACUGGGAAAAGUAUUCAAAACUCCAGAAGUUUCACGUGUCUAUUUGGGAUCAUUCUGGGAUCAUCCACUUCACUACGAUCUCAAUCGUCGACUUUUCCAAGACGAGCAGCACGACCUGUUCCAAGAUCUUCAAGCAUUGCCACGUAACGCUGCUCUCCGAAAGUUGAACGAUCUGAUCAAGAGAGCUCGUCUCGCCAAGGUUCACGCAUACAUUAUUGCUGAGCUUCGUAAGCAAAUGCCAUCGAUGAUCGGAAAGGAUAAGAAGAAGAAGGAUUUGAUCCAAAAUCUUGACAAGAUCUACGAGCAACUCCAGAGAGAACACAAUAUAUCUCCAGGAGACUUCCCAGAUGUGAACAAGAUGAGAGAGAAGCUUCAAACACAGGACUUUAGCAAAUUCAAUCCACUCAAGCCAAAGCUUUUGGAGGUUGUCGAUGGAAUGCUUGCCACUGAUAUAGCACGAUUGAUGGCUCAAAUUCCAAAGGAAGAAGCCGCAGCCCCAGCAGGAUCAAACGGAAGCGCCGAUCCAACUGUCAGAGGAGGAGCCUUCAGCCAAACAACAGAAGCAGAAACUCCGUUCGGUUUCGGACGUGGAGAAGGAUUCGACAAGGGAGCCGACGAAGCCGAAUGGGUUGUUAGUCGGGAACGCACAACUGCCGACUCGACAUUCGAAAGUCUCGGACCAGUUAACGGAUAUCUCAGCGGAAGAGCUGCCAAGGAGCACAUGGUUAAGAGCAAAUUACCAAACUCAGUGCUCGGAAAAGUAUGGAAAUUGGCUGAUAUUGACAAGGAUGGACAGUUGGAUGCUGACGAGUUUGCACUUGCCAACUAUUUGAUCAAUUUGAAAUUGGAAGGACACGAGAUUCCAAGUGAGCUGCCAAAACAUCUCAUCCCACCAUCAAAACGUGGAGAGCAAGAUCCAGUCUACCCAUCGCUCAACGACAACGAUGAAUGAAAACAUUUCACUUAUUAGUUUUCAAUGAAUACCGAAACCAAAAAAAUUCAAUUGUUUUACCGAAAAUGUCCUAUCUAGUUAAUAUGAAUCAAGCAAACGUGUUUUGUGAUACGACCCCCUUCUCUCACCUUCCCUUCCAAAUUUUCACUCUACAUUUAUAGAAUGCUUUGAAUGCAUAAUUCACAUCCCAUGUUCAUUUCCCCCUAUUAUUUUUUUUUGUUUUUUCUCCGACCCUUCCAUCUAAAAAAAAUAAUUUAUUGCCUCUAAUUUCGCAAAAAAAUAUGGUCGACUGCUUCAUGGUAUUCGAGUUGACUUUUGCCUUGACCCUCUCACCCGCACCCCACACCCCACACAUCGAGUGAUUUUAAUAAAGAAUUUGCAUUUUAAAACAGUUUAUAAAUAUAU